AUGGAUGAGACAGUACACAAUGAGAUGAGAAACUUCGGCGAGCUCUUGUACCGCCGUCUCGUCUGCCCACUGCCUCAUCUCGUGUCCGUCACGAUGCUCCUCGUCAUCUCUUCCCUAGUGGUAACGACCUUGCUGUCCAUGCGAUCAGUUGACGGCCUUUUGCACAACGCGCAUGACAUCAUGACCGUGUCGCUGGCGGCUUGCUCACUGGCGGCUGCGUACACUUACGGCUCGUCGUGGUCAAGGUCGGUGUUCCUGGUGGAUUUCGCCGGGUACAAGCCUGCGUCAGCGCACGAGCGGACCCGCGCCAAGACAAUCCACCACUACGGGCAAUGUGGUGUCUUCACCGCGGAGAGCAUGGCUUUCCAGAAGAGGAUACUGGAGCGCUCAGGGAUCGGCAAUGCUACGCAUUUCCCAGAGUCUGUGAUGACGGUGCCGACGGACCGAUGCCUCCGCACGGCGAACGAGGAGUCCCAUGCCGUAGUUUUUGGUGUGAUAGACGAGCUGCUGGCCAAGACCCGCGUGCGGCCGAUCGACAUCGGUGUCGUCAUCGUGAACUCCAGCCUCUACAGCCCCUCCCCAUCGUUGACCUCGCUUAUCGUGAACCGAUACGUGCUGCGCAACGAUGUGGUCACCCACAAUCUCAGUGGAAUGGGCUGCAGCGCUGGCAUUAUCGCUAUUGACCUUGCCAAACGGCUUCUUCAGGUAUACAUUGACACGUACGCAUUGGUGGUCAGUACGGAGAAUAUUACCCUUAACGCAUACACGGGCAACUAUCGGCCCAUGCUGGUGACCAACUUGCUUUUCCGCAUGGGUGGCGCGGCGAUUUUUCUAUCGAACCGUCAUGACGAGCGGAGGCGCGCCAAGUAUGAGUUGAUUGAUACAGUGCGGACACACCGCGGCGUUAGCAACCAGAGCUACGCGUGCGUGACGCAGGAGGAAGACGAGGCCGGGCACUUGGGCGUGUCCCUCUCCAAGGAUCUGAUGGUCGUGGCCGCAGAGGCGCUCCGUGCAAACAUUACCACCCUUGGCCGACACGUCCUACCGAUAAGUGAGCAGCUCCGGUUCAUUUGUGCCGUCGUGGUCAAACGGGGGUUCGGCAAGAAAGGGAGGUCGUACAUCCCCGACUUCACGCUAUCGCUGCAGCACUUCUGCAUCCACGCAGGGGGGCGCAGCGUGUUGGACGAGCUGGAGAAAAGUCUGAACUUGAGUGAGUGGCACAUGGAACCCUCAAGGAUGACUCUCUACAGGUUUGGCAACACGUCGAGCAGCUCACUUUGGUAUGAGCUCGCGUAUUGUGAGGCAAAGGGCAGGAUCACAAGGGGAGACCAUGUAUUGCAGAUUGCGUUUGGUUCAGGGUUCAAGUGCAACAGCGCUGUGUGGAAGGCACUUAGGACAGUCCAGGGUUGCAGUGCCACUAAGGACAGCAGCCCCUGGUCACAAGACGUGAAUGUUCUGCCAGUCCUUCUGCCCAGGCUGAUGCCUAUCAUCGACGAAGACGAUGGUGCCAGACAUGGCGACGGGGAAGAGUCCGGACAUGGCAUCGGAGAAGAUUCCGGACAUGGCGAAGAAGAGUCUGGACAUGGUAGAGAAGAGGCGUCGGACACGCCGCAGUCUUCGAUGCUACUACGUUCAGUCGUGUAG